AUGAAAACAUUCUUUGUGGCUACAUUUGCCUUCCUCACCGCUAUAGGUGAGGUCUCAGCUCGUGGAGGCGAUGGUGGCCAUGGAGGUGAUGGCGGCGAUGGCGGCGAUGGCGGCGAUGGCGGCGAUGGCGGCGAUGGCGGCGAUGGCGGCGAUGGCGGCGAUGGCGGCGAUGGCGGCGAUGGCGGCUAUGGCGUGGCUGGUGGCCAUCCUCCGCCGGGCAGUAACACGCAGACGGACGCUAGUGGUUGUCUCUGCAAAAUGUAA